CCGUUUCGUACGGACGCAUAGAUGUGACACAUGACGCAAGUGACGUAACUACGCAGCGCAUGCUUUGGAACCCCUAGCGCCCAUUGAAACAAAGCUAAGCCAAGUUCGUUGAAGAAGCCUUAGCGGAGAUGUAUCGUCCCAAACCGACGCUGCGGGACCGGCAGCACCUGUACCGGCUGAUCAUCAGCCAGUUGCUGUACGACGGUUACACCAACAUCGCCAACAACCUCAUCACAGAGGUGAAGCCACAGAGCGUCGUGUCGCCCUCGGAGAACCUCAUGCAGCUGGCCAAGAUAGGCAUGGAGAAUGAUGACAGCGCGGUGCAGUAUGCCAUUGGGCGUUCGGACACAGUGGCCCCAGGUGUUGGCAUCGACCUGGAGUUUGACGCUGACGUCCAGUCCAUGUCCCCCGAGGCGUCUGAGUACGAGACUUGUUACGUGACGUCUCAUAAGGGUCCCUGUCGCGUGGCCACCUAUAGCCGGGACGGGCAGCUCAUCGCUACGGGCUCUGCAGACGCCUCCAUCAAAGUCCUGGACACAGAACGCAUGCUGGCCAAGAGCGCCAUGCCCAUAGAGGUGAUGAUGAAUGAGACGGCCCAGCAGAACAUGGAGAACCACCCUGUGAUCAGAACACUGUACGACCACGUUGAUGAGGUCACGUGUCUGGCGUUCCACCCCACGGAACAGAUCCUGGCGUCUGGAUCACGUGACUACACCCUCAAACUGUUCGACUACUCCAAGCCCUCUGCCAAGAGGGCCUUUAAACAUGUACAGGAAGCGGAGAUGCUACGGGCCAUCUCCUUCCAUCCGUCAGGCGACUUCCUGUUGGUGGGGACGCAGCACCCGACCCUCCGCCUCUACGACGUCAACACCUUCCAAUGCUUCGUCUCCUGCAACCCUCUAGACCAACACACUGACACCAUCAGUGGAGUUAGCUACAACCCUAAUGCUAACAGCUACGUGUCGUGCAGUAAGGACGGCAGUAUCAAGCUGUGGGACGGCGUGUCUAACCGCUGUGUGAUGACGUUUGAUAAGGCUCAUGACGGGGCGGAGGUCUGCUCCGCUGUCUUCUCUAAGAACUCCAAGUACGUCCUCUCCACCGGGAAAGACUCUGUCGCCAAACUCUGGGAGAUCUCCACCGGGCGCCCCCUCGUCAAAUACACAGGUGCUGGUCUGAGUGGUCGUCAGAUGCAUCGUACCCAGGGUGUCUUCAACCACACAGAGGACUAUGUUCUGUUGCCUGAUGAGAGGACCAUCUCUCUGUGCUGCUGGGACUCUCGGUCUGCAGAGAGGAAGAACCUUCUGUCCCUGGGUCACAACAACAUUGUCCGCUGUAUCGUCCACUCCCCCACCAACCCAGGGUUCAUGACCUGUAGCGAUGACUUCAGGGCCCGCUUCUGGUACAGACGUACUACCACCGACUGAGACCCCUCUGUUCUGUUCUGACUGACCUUUCUACCAGCACACUACCACAGAGCCCAGACCAAACCCUCAUCACUGGGUCUGGAAUCUCCACGGCCAAACAUCUGUCACCAUCAGGGUCCUGCAGCCUCAGACGUUACAACAAACCGUGUCUUUGAGUUUGGAGCACCAAGCACCAUCUUGGACUGUAUUUCAGUGGUGUUGGUGUAUGUUGAGUCUUAUCCAUGUUGGUAGAGAACAACACAGCUGAUUGGCUGUCUGAUUAAAUGAACAGCGUUGUUGGGAAAUGUAAUCAUUAACGAUGCUUCUAGAUAUUUUGAAGACAGUGACCAACAUGCUCAUUUAAUGUUUCUUUGAUCUUUUGAUAAAACAACUUUGAAGUUGUCCACUUUUCCCCCUUAUUUUGUCUUUAUCUAUCUGAUAUUACACAUUUCUAUUAAAACAUUGAAGA